ACCACAGCUCUGACGUGAAGCUCGGCUAUCCUCUGCUGACCGCUCACCGCCCUGCGCUCUUCCCACUCGCUGCAUUGUUCACUUCCCCUGAAACCACAGUGCACACAUCGCACCUGAUCAGACUCCUUUCGACCCACCAAACAAAAUGAUGAUGGAGGAAUUCCUGGUAAACUUCGACAACAAAGCCAAGCCCGUCGCUGCCACCAAGGCCUCUGGGGGCGUGCGUAUCCCACAGAAACGUACAGUCCGACGAAUGCAAGACAACGGUCCGGCUGUGCUACCUAAUGAGAAACUUGGUGAAUCUACACCAGAUCUUGUUCCGGUCUCCAUGGACGUGUCCAGAGUCCAGCCAGCUCGGGAAGCAAAUCUGCAUAUGGCAGAAAGGAUGCAAUCGCACACACCCAAGAUGGAGAAGGCCCCACAGAACUACAUGAACAAUAGACGUGCUGCGGGACCCCUCCAGCAGCCCCGCCCUGGAUUCUAAUCUUUGUCUCCGUGUAAAACAUCUGCGAUGCUCUUCAUUGGGAGGGAUGGGUUUGCUUUUCGAGUGUCGCAGCCUUGUAGCUUUUAGUGUUUAUGAGUAUCAUAUACAUAGCCCAAAGCUGAUAAAACUUUACCUUCGUUGAUUCUUUCGAAAAAAAAUAAAAAAGAGGUUUAAA